AUGAAUUCGGCAAUGGAGCUGAUCAGUUCGAAGAUGUUAAACGGUUUAAUUCGAUCUGGCAGGCGUUUGCUGUUGCGCUCAGAGCUGAUCGAAUGCAGUUUUUGUACAGCAGCCACCAAGACGACCAGCCCUCCACCGGAGUCAUCAUUCCUGCAUGAUGCAUUCACUGAUAAACAGUGUGGUUUGUAUGAUAAGCGUGCAUUUCAGUACCGGGACCUGAAAAUCAUAAAGGCAACGCCGGAACAAAUGAAAGAGAAGCCGGGACCGGAAACACAGUUAGUGUUUGGUCAUCAGUUUGCUGACCAUAUGCUUGAGAUAAAAUGGAGUGAAGAUAAAGGCUGGGGUCAGCCUUUGAUAAGUCCGCUGCACAACCUCUCAAUGCAUCCAGCCUCCAAGGUACUUUGCUCGCAUACAGCUCUUGCAGCUAGUGCAGAGGCAUAUUAA